UGAACAUAUACUCAUAAGUUAUCAGAAAAAGCAAGCAUAAUUAAGCAAAAAGAAAUGGAAGAAGAACAAAGCUUCACUUACGCCAUGCAGCUGGUGAACCUGAACGUGCUGUCCAUGGCCAUGCACACGGUCACAGAGCUUGGCAUUUUUGACAUCAUAGCCAAAGAAGGUGUGGGUGCCACACUUUCUGCAAAAGACAUUGCAGAACAGCUUCCAUGCAAGAAUUCAGAAGCAGCCAUAAUGCUUGAUCGUAUUCUAAGGCUACUUGCAUGUCACUCUGUCAUCGACUGCACUGUGGUUGCAGAUGAACAUGGUCCUCCUCCACAACUGAAGAGGCUCUAUGGAAUGAACCCUGUGGCCAAAUACUUUGCUUCCAUUCAUGGUGCUGGCUCUUUAGGCCCUUUCAUGACACUGGCUCAUGACAAGGCCUCUCUUCGCAGCUGGUACCAACUGAAAGAUGCAAUUCUGGAAGGAGGUAUUCCAUUCAACAGGGCCCAUGGGAAACACUUGUUUGAAUACUCUGAUAUGAACCCAAGCUUCAAUAAUCUUUUUACUGCAACAAUGACCAACCGUGCAACUAUCAUAAUGAAUAAGAUUGUGGAAUCCUACAAAGGGUUUGAGCACAUGAAUAGGCUGGUUGAUGUUGGAGGUGGCCAUGGAAUCUCUCUUAACGUAAUAACUUCAAAAUACCCUCACAUUAAGGGCAUCAACUUUGACUUGCCUCAUGUCAUACAACAAGCCUCUUCCUACCCUGGAGUGGAGCAUGUGGAAGGAGAUAUGUUUGAAAGUGUGCCAAAAGGAGAUGACAUAUUUAUGAUGUGUGUGCUUCAUGAUUGGAGUGAUGAAAUGUGCUUAAAGGUGUUGAAGAACUGCUAUGAUGCAAUUCCUAGUGAUGGAAAGGUGAUUGUGGUGGACGGAAUUCAUCCAUUUGAACCAAAGACAACAUCUGCAGCAAAGAACAUUUCCCAAUUUGAUGUGCUGAUGAUGACUACAAACCCAGGAGGGAAGGAACGAAGUGAAGAGGAAUUCAUGGCAUUGGCAAAAGGAGCUGGGUUCAGAGGAAUUAGAUACACAUGCUCUGUCUGUGACUUAUGGGUUAUGGAGUUUUUCAAGUAGAUCAAGUGUUGUUGCAGCUUUGAAUAAAAUAUGGUGUGUCAUUCUAAUAGGAGUCAACAGGUUCUUUGAUACUACAAAAAAAAAGUUCAGAAACUUUGGUAUUAUUUGGAUAUGUUUAAUGUCAUUGAAACUUAUGGAAUAAAAUUUGAUUCAUAUGGUAA